UUUGAGAGUUUGUGGAACUAUGGUGAAGCACUGCUGAACACACCAUAUAGACUAGUGGAUCGGGUUAUGGGUCGAUCGAUGGAUGAAGCAGAGUUAGUGGAAGUGAAGAAGAGAAGUCAACACGAGAUGAAGAAAACGUUGACAUGGUGGGACCUAAUCUGGUUCGGAAUGGGGAGUGUCAUAGGUUCGGGCAUCUUUGUCCUCACAGGACUCGAAGUUAAGAAUGAUGUGGGACCCGCUGUUGUUUUGUCUUACGUUAUCUCUGGGACCUCUGCCAUGCUCUCUGUCUUUUGCUACACUGAGUUUGCUGUGGAAAUUCCCGUGGCUGGUGGUUCCUUUGCUUACCUCAGAGUGGAGCUUGGUGAUUUUGUAGCCUACAUAGCUGCAGGUAACAUUCUUCUUGAGUAUGUGAUUGGUGGUGCUGCAGUGGCACGUUCAUGGACAUCCUAUUUUGCUACCCUUUGCAACCAAGAUUCAGAUAAGUUUCUCAUCCAAGUCAAUGGCCUUGAAAAUAACUACAACCAGCUUGAUCCCAUUGCUGUUGUUGUUCUCAUUAUCAUUGGUAUUUUUGCUGUUUUCAGCACAAAGGGUUCCUCACGUUUAAACUACAUUGCCUCAAUAGUUCAUGUAAUUGUGUUACUAUUCAUCGUAGUUGCUGGUCUAACCAAAGCUGAAGCCAAAAAUUACUCUGAUUUUGUACCCUUUGGUGCUCGAGGGAUCUUCCAAGCUGCUGCAGUGUUGUUCUUUGCUUAUGUUGGGUUUGAUGCGGUUUCAACAAUGGCUGAAGAGACAAAGAACCCUGGAAGAGACAUACCUAUUGGUCUUAUAGGUUCAAUGACAUGUACCACACUUCUAUAUUGCAUGUUGGCAGUGACACUUUGUUUAAUGCAAAAGUACACAAUGGUUGAUGAGAAUGCUGCUUUUUCUGUUGCAUUUGAAGCUGUUGGAAUGAGUUGGGCUAAGUACAUUGUUGCAUUAGGGGCUUUGAAAGGAAUGACUAGUGUUCUCCUUGUUGGGGCAGUGGGUCAAGCAAGGUAUCUCACACACAUUGCUAGAACUCACUUGUUGCCUUCGUGGCUUGCAAAAGUGAAUCAAACAACAGGGACACCAAUUUAUGCUACAAUUGUUAUGCUUGGUGCCACUGCUAUAGUUGCAUUUUUCACAAGCCUUAAUAUUUUGGCUAACCUCCUUUCAAUUUCCACUUUGUUCUUGUUUUCUCUUGUGGCAUUGGCCUUGUUGGUUCGCCGAUAUUGUGUUAGAGGGGUUACUACACGUUUUAACAUAGUCAAAUUCAUUGUGUGCAUUGUGCUCAUUUUGGGCUCUUCAGUGGCCUCUGCUGUUUAUUGGGCCCAAAGUACAAAAUGGGUUGGCUAUACUAUAAUGUUACCUAUUUGGUUUGUGGGAACAAUGGGGAUUUGGCUUUUGGUUCCACUUGCAAAGAAGCCUAAGGUUUGGGGUGUGCCACUCGUGCCAUUUUUGCCAUCAGCAUCGAUUGGCAUCAAUAUUUUCCUUCUUGGGUCAUUGGAUAAGGCUUCAUUUAAAAGAUUUGGAGUGUGGACUGCAAUUUUGUUGGUAUAUUACCUAUUUGUAGGAUUACAUGCAUCUUAUGACAUAGUAGAGGCACAGAAGGAGGAGAAGAAACUAAAGACCGAGGCUCAGCUAAAGUUGGAUGAAGAAAAUGGUGAUCCACCGGUGACAGGGUCAGCUACAAAAAAUUAA